UGGGGUGUGGCAGGCUUGUUCAAUUUCCGCGGGAACCCUUCUGUGUUUUGUAUCCUCAGUUUAUAUAAGCUGUCAUUGGGGUGACAAAUCCUUCUCUCUCCCCCGCUUGCAAUCUCCGGAGGUGUACAGUCAACAGCAAACCACCGGUCGCUGCACUGCACUCGGAAUAGAGAGUGUAGAAAUUGGAAUAUAUCACAUCUGCAAGUUGUUUGGGCUUGUAUUUGACCUAGACCAACCGCAAACAUGACAAUAAACAAACAAACAAUCCGAGACCAUGGUCAACAUUAUCGACCACGUAUGGCAUGCCUCAAAAAGGUGGAGGCCUUUGUGGUGGAGAUGCAGGAUCCUAAGACUGGGGUGAAGGGAACAGAGCAGAAGCUAAACGUCACCACCAUCCCACAUGUCAUCACCGGUCAGGAUGUUUUGGCCUGGAUUGUCAACAAGAUGAAGGUUUCCACCGAAGAGGCCCAGGCUUUUGGCACCAUGCUGGUUGCCUACGGUUACGUCUACCCUCUGCAGAACCACAAGAAGUUGGUGCUUUGCCCCGACGCCACCCUCUACCGCUUCCAGACUCCAUAUUUCUGGCCUUCGCAGAAAUGGCCUGCAGAAGACACUGACUACGCCAUCUACUUAGCCAAGAGAAACAUCCGGAAGAAGGGUAUGCUGGAGCCGUAUGAGCAGGAGCACUACGACCACCUCCACAAAUGGAUGAACAACAAGUGGGACUUCAUUGUGAUGCAGGCUACGGAACAGUACAAAGCUUCGAAGGAGAGGAAGAAGCCUGAUCGUGUCGUCUUAGACUGCCAAGAGAGGGCCUACUGGAUAGUGCAGAAGCCACCAGCUCGGACUCACAGCGCUAUGGACUACGGCGUGAACCGCCUGAUCGACCCCAACGCUGACGAGGGUAACAGAACUUCACUUACGAUCACUACCGAAGAGUUAACAUAUUCCUUCAACAAGCCAUCAUGAGGUCAAAGGUCAAAUCCACGGUGUCCCUCGGAGCGUGA